CCUGCCUGCCUUUGCAUCACUUCUCUCUCUCUUCCCUAGAGUCCUCUACUCUCUCUCUCUCUCCCCUAGAGACUUCCGUUUCCUCUCUAUCUUUUUUUGUCAUUCUGUCUGUCCGUCAGGAUGGCGGUGCUGGAGGGCCUGGAGUUUGGGAAGUCUGAUUUUGUCCUUCUGGACGAGGUGAACAUAGAGCAGUUUAUGGAGAACCUGAAGCUGAGGUUUGAGAAAGCCCGUAUCUACACCUUCAUAGGAGAGGGGGUGGUGUCAGUCAAUCCUUACAAACAGAUGGACAUCUACGGGAAGGAGGAAAUCAAUGCUUAUCGCGGCCGGGAGCUGUACGAGAACCCUCCCCACCUGUACGCUGUGGCCGACGCUGCGUACAAGGCCAUGAAGAGACGAGCCAAAGACACCUGCAUCGUCGUUUCAGGUGAGAGUGGCGCCGGAAAGACGGAGGCUAGCAAGUACAUCAUGCAGUACAUCGCAGCCAUCACCAACCCCAGCCAGAGAGCAGAGGUCGAGAGUGUGAAGAAUGUUCUUCUGAAGUCCAACUGUGUGCUGGAGGCCUUCGGUAACGCCAAGACCAACCGCAACGACAACUCCAGCCGCUUUGGGAAGUACAUGGACAUCAACUUCAACUUCAACGGCGACCCUACCGGCGGCCAUAUUAACAACUACCUACUGGAGAAGUCAAGGGUGGUGCAGCAGAAUGGAGGUGAGAGGAACUUCCACUCCUUCUAUCAGUUACUACGGGGAGGCUCAGAUGAUAUGUUAAAGUCCCUUCACCUGCACAAUGAUCCUGCCAACUAUGUGUACACCAGAGAUGGAGCUGUCGCCACUACGUCCAACAACGACCGGUACAGCCACAACGCAGUGCUGAGUGCCCUGAACGUGAUUGGCUUCUCAGAGGAGGAGAUUCACUCCAUCUACAGAAUCCUGGGGACCAUCCUCAUCCUGGGUAACCUGCAGUUUGAGACAGACAGAGAGAGUGUCCUGGUGGUGGGGAUGGGGGACGUGAGUCACAUCGCUGAGCUGACCAGCACAGAGCCAGACAACGUGACCAAGAGCCUACUGUACCGGACUGUGGCCACCGGGGGUGGAGAAGUCAUAGAGAAGGGACAUUCUGAAAAGGAGGCCUGCUUCGGCCGGGAUGCUUUCACCAAGGCUCUCUAUGAGAGACUAUUUGGUUGGAUUGUAGGCCGUAUCAACGCUGUUAUUGAGGUGAAAGACUACAACCCAGUGCUUCAUGGGAAAAACACAGUUAUUGGAGUGCUGGAUAUUUACGGCUUUGAGAUCUUCGACAACAACAGCUUUGAGCAGUUCUGCAUCAACUACUGUAAUGAGAAGCUGCAGCAGCUCUUCAUCCAGCUGAUCCUUUGCCAGGAACAAGACGAGUACCGGAGAGAGGGUAUCAUCUGGCAGCAUAUUGACUACUUUAACAACCAGAUCAUCGUGGACCUGGUGGAACAGCCCCAUAAAGGCAUCAUCUCUGUGCUGGACGAGGCCUGUCUCUCUGUGGGGAAGGUGACAGACACCGUCUGCCUGGAGAGUAUGGAUGUUAAGCUGGGCCAACACCCCCACUACACCUCUCGCAAGCUCACGCCCUCAGACAAGACCAUGGAGUUCCACAGAGAUUUCCGUAUCCGCCACUACGCUGGAGACGUCACGUACUCCGUCGAGGGCUUUUUGGACAAGAACAAGGACCCCCUCUUCCAAGAUUUCAAGAGGCUCAUGUUUAACAGUUCCAACCCUGUGAUGAAGGAGAUGUGGCCUGAUGGUCAGCUGAGCAUCACAGAGGUCACCAAGCGACCCCUGACAGCAGCCACCCUCUUCAAGAACUCCAUUGUGGCCCUAGUGGAAAAACUGAGCUGCAAGGAGCCGUACUACGUUCGCUGUAUUAAGCCAAAUGAUAUAAAGUCUCCCGCGCUGUUUGACGAUGCCCGCUGCCAACACCAGGUGGCGUACCUGGGCCUGCUGGAGAACGUCAGAGUGCGGAGAGCAGGGUUCGCCUGCCGCCAAGCCUACACACGCUUCCUACAGAGGUAUAAGAUGACCUGUGAGAACACCUGGCCCAACCACCUGAUGGGAACAGACAGGGAGGCAGUGGAGGCUAUUGUCACGCAGCAUGGUUUCCAGGAUGACGUCGCGUAUGGACAUACCAUGCUGUUUGUGCGAACGCCAAAGUCUCUCUUCACCCUGGAGCAGGAGAGAGCCGCUCUCGUCCCUGUCCUGGUGCUCUUCCUACAGAAGGUGUGGCGCGGGGCGCUGGCGAGGAUGCGUUGCCGGCGGAUGCGCGCCAUCUUUGCCAUCAUGGGCUGCUACAAGCGUUACAAGGUCAAGGUCCACUUCUGGGAGGUGGAGCGACGCUUCGCCAGCGUGUGCAGCAUGGCUGACUAUGGGAAAAGCGUGGAGUGGCCCACACCACCAGCAGCCCUCACACAAUUCCACAGCAUCACGCAGAAGCUGCACCGCAGAUGGCGUGCGAGGCAGAUAGUGAAGAACAUCCCACCGUCUGACAUGGGGGAGAUACGGGCCAAGGUGGCUGCUCUGGGGGCCCUGAAUGGGGAGAGGAAGGACUGGGGCUGUGGUCGAUCCUGGGAGAGAGACUACCUGGCUAAUGUGAGGGACAGUCAUCAAAGCAGCUCCAACUUCAUACUUUUCUCCCAAGAGCUCAGGAACAAAGACGAGUACAACCAGGUCAUCUUCUCUGGAUUCUGUAGGAAGAUGAACAGAUUCAAUAAAAGCUCAGACCGAGCUUUGCUGAUCACAGACAAACAUAUCUACAAACUGGACCCCAAAAAACAGUUUAAAGUGUUGAAAAGACUGCCUCUAGAAGUGAUAACAGGCCUGAGUGUCACUGCAGGCGUUGACCAGAUGGUGGCGCUACACACGUCCUCCCAGGAUGAUGUUCUUCUCUACAUCCAGAGAGGGGAGCUGUGCCCCGACCAGGACCGCAUCGGGGAGCUGGUGGGAACGCUCAUCGACCACUUCACACGUGUGAGGAACACCCCUCUCCUGGUGAAGGUUUGCUGCUCGGCCGUCCAGCUGCACAUGCGGGGCAAGCCCAAGAGCGUAACCGUGGAGACCAAGGCCGGCCAGGCCAACGUAGACUUCAGGAAGAGCCGCGACGGUUUUACCCUCCUGAUCCCAUCCAACUGAGACAGUCACCACUAGCUCCCCCAGCCAAUUACAAAUCUGGACCUGGAAGCCAGUUCCACUGCUGAUUUACAUUCUUCCUCUCUAAUAUAGGACUGAUUUAGACCUGGGACACCAGGUGGUGCAGUUCAUUAUCAGGUAGAACAGAAAAACCAGCAGUCCUCCAGACCUCCAGGCUCAGAGUUGAAUAGACCUGAUUUAUCCUCUGGACUGUAUCAAAGGGCUACAGUAGAGGGAGAGUGAAUCCUCAACCCAUUUCUCCACCCAUGCAGUACACAUAUUCUUCAAAAGACGGUCACUCUCUCUAAUGUCUGUGGUUCAGGCCAGAGAUGGUCACCCCUCUAAUGUCUGUGGUUCAGGCCAGAGAUGGUCACUCUCUCUAAUGUCUGUGGUUCAGGCCAGAGAUGGUCACUCUCUCUAAUGUCUGUGGUUCAGGCCAGAGAUGGUCACCCCUCUAAUGUCUGUGGUUCAGGCCAGAGAUGGUCACCCCUCUAAUGUCUGUGGUUCAGGCCAGAGAUGGUCACCCCUCUAAUGUCUGUGGUUCAGGCCAGAGAUGGUCACCCCUCUAAUGUCUGUGGUUCAGGCCAGAGAUGGUCACUCUCUCUAAUGUCUGUGGUUCAGGCCAGAGAUGGUCACUCUCUCUAAUGUCUGUGGUUCAGGCCAGAGAUGGUCACUCUCUCUAAUGUCUGUGGUUCAGACCAGAGAUGGUCACUCUCUCUAAUGUCUGUGGUUCAGGCCAGAGAUGGUCACUCUCUCUAAUGUCUGUGUUUCAGACCAGAGAUGGUCACUCUCUCUAAUGUCUGUGGUUCAGGCCAGAGAUGGUCACCCCUCUAAUGUCUGUGGUUCAGGCCAGAGAUGGUCACCCCUCUAAUGUCUGUGGUUCAGGCCAGAGAUGGUCACCCCUCUAAUGUCUGUGGUUCAGGCCAGAGAUGGUCACCCCUCUAAUGUCUGUGGUUCAGGCCAGAGAUGGUCACUCUCUCUAAUGUCUGGUUCAGGCCAGAGAUGGUCACCCCUCUAAUGUCUGUGGUUCAGGCCAGGGAUGUUGGUAUCGUCUGCUGUAAUUUCAGAUUCUUGGAACUUCAUUUUAUUAGAUGAAAACCAAAUCACUGUUUAAGACAAUAGGCUUAGGAUUUCUCAUUGGCAGUUCGAUGUUUUAUUGUAUUAUACGGUAUAUGAUGCUUACAGGUAUAACCUUUGUUCACUUUUUUUGUACUUUUCCAAGGAUGAAACAAAGACAUAUAGCCGAGAGACUGAAAUUACACAACCAAGAGUGGCAAUAUUUCACAUAGAUUAUUCAGACUAAUUUCUCUUAGCUAGUGUGUUUUUAUAACUAGUGUGUUUACUGAGAGGACAUCUAAUUUUACUGCCUUUGACCCAUGGUGCAUUAUCUCACCACGCUGCCUUUGACCAAUGGUGCAUUAUCUCACCACGCUGGCUUUGACCCAUAGUGCAUUAUCUCACCACGCUGCCUUUGACCCAUAGUGCAUUAUCUCACCACGCUGCCUUUGACCCAUAGUGCAUUAUCUCACCACGCUGCCUUUGACCCAUGGUGCAUUAUCUCACCACGCUGCCUUGAAAGGACACGAUGUUCAUAUCAUGACAAUGAAACAAAUGAAGAAGUAAUUUAUUAACAUGUAUUUUAUCUCAUUAUGGUGGGAAUGUUUAUUCUACCAGAGUAUAUUACAAUGUUUUGCAAGGAGGAAUGGGAAAAAAUUUCAGUCUCUCGAUGUGCAAAACUGAUAGAGACAUACCCCAAGCGACUUACAGCUGUAAUCGCAGCAAAAGGU